AUUGUUAACAGUGACGUCAUCAUCAAAGGGAAACUCAGAAACAGAUCCGAAUUAUUUUCGCAGUACCGGGUAGGCCUAUAUAUGUGACCUUGUAAGAUAUAUAUUUUCGAGAUGGCAGAAAAUACUCCUUCGUCUUCAUCAUCAUCGUGUAAUGAAGAAUUUCAAGUGACUCUCCAAACGGUACCCGACGUUGUUCUCAGUCACGUAUUGUCGUAUUUAUCCUACGAACAAAUUAGUCAAGUACGGUCGUUAUGUGCAAGAUUCAACCUCAUAGGUCAACAGGUGCUUAACCAAGGCUUCUCCAAACUUGACCGCUUCCACAGCCAAUGUGCCAAGGAGCUCAAAGCCCAACUGCCACGCAGAGAAUCAGAACGAAGGAUGCAUCCUCUCGCAAGGCAUUGUGACAUUCUCUCUGCUGUCGAGACAAGGCUGUCACUCCUUGCAAUGACCUACACAAAGUACAUUGACCUACAGCUCUGCUGCUUCAUACCUGGAAAGGUUAUUGAUGAAGCAUUUAAAGUACUCCACCUGGUAAAAUUCACCAAGGUCCCUCCACCUACACAUGAGCUCCUGCAGGAGCUAAGGGACCUCUCCUCCAUGGCCAUGGAGCACUUUGAUGAGAAGAUUGUUCCUGACCUCAAGAAGAAGUCAGGAGUUGAGGUUCGUCCUUCCAACCUUGUCAACCACACACUUUCAACUCUAUCUGGUCGUAGUCUGAAGGUCAGCUCAUCUCUGUCAGUUCCUUCAGGAAGCCGAGAGCAGUUCGGCAAGCUUCACUCACAGUACAAAGCCACCCUUGCCUCCUUUAACACCCAUCGAAGAGAGCUCCAGUCCUGCAAGGCCGAGCUCCAGGAGAUGCGCAAGAUCUCCGAUGAGCAGAACAAGAAGAUGACGCAGCAGCAGCAGCUGACCACCGAACUGUCUAGUCGGCUGGCCUCUCAGAACCUGAGGGUGACUGAGCAGGAGAAACGCAUAGCAGAACAGGACAAGAGACUCGCUGCCUUGGAGCAGAAACUUGAGGCCUUGUCAAAGCCAUCCCAGAGAACUGUUGCAGGUGUUGCAACCAAGAGGAAAGCUGAUGACAUCUCUGGAGGAGGUGAUGGUGCUGGAACACCAUGUAGCAAAAAGGAUAAAGUCUAGCUGAAGAUAAACCUCCUUAGCUCUCUUUCUAUGUACCUGAGGGUAUUAAAAGACUAUUAACAGAAAACUGCUAUUUAUCGAUUCACUGGUGAAUGACAGUAAGUUAUUUGUUUGUUACAAAAUAUCAAACAGAGGAGCCAAACUGUUCUGAGAGAUUAGUGAUCAAAUUGGUUUCCGUAUUAUUAUCUGUGUAUCCCCUUGUGCAUGCGUAAGCUUUGAUUUUGUAUUCUCAAAUUUUUCUGUGUGUAGAUGAAUAGAAGAGCUUUCAGCAGAUAUUUCAGGGCAAUAUAUAAAUGGAGAAAGUUGUUAUUUCUUUGAAAUUUUGUUGCUUAGGCAGGGUUUUUUAAGGGAAAGGGGAAUUAUGGUAACAUCAGCAAAAUAAGUCGGUCAUUUUUGGCUGUGUUAGAGCAAGAAAAGAAGAACAAGGCAAGAAAAUAGUCCACUGGGAACACUCUGUUGAGUUGAAAGUUUAUCACAACAGUUUUGUUUUAUAGCCAGAUCUAAACUUAUUUAUUUUUACAGUAGAUCUAUCUCUGUCCAGCUGUCACUUCAAUUUAAGGUAGCAAUUGCAGCACAAAAAAGGAGGUGCCCUGAAUUGCGAAAAGCAAUAACAAAACAUGUUUUUCAAUAAUCUUGUAAUUCAAUUAAGUAUCACCAUUACAUACAAAGACAUUUGAAGUCACCGUCUGUAUCUGUAUAAAAAAAUCAUGUUGGUGGUAUUGAAGAAAUGAAUCAUGGAUCUAUUUGUAAUUUCACGAGGUGCUUGACUGCCCUAUUACGCCUAUCUAGUUCUCAAUAUGUUUGAAAGAAUUGUCACAAUAGACCAGUUCGUAGUUACUCAUAGACAAUUUUGGUCAAAUGACCUUUCAUUUCUUUCAUUAUGAUAGGCAGAUUUCAAAGCAAGAUGUUACGUAAGCUUGCCUUACAUAGCAGGAUGAAAAAAUUGAAUAGACCAGGUGACUAGAAUAGCACACCAAUGAACACUUUAUGAAGGUAUUUGUUGCAUUCCUACUUUGAAUGCAUAUCAUAGCAUGUUGCACGAUGCACUUGGCAAACUGUAAAGUACCAGUCGUUCGUGGACGCAUUGUUGUUUUUUGUGGAUGUAAAUGAAAAACACAAUUCAAAAGAAUAUAUGAAUAAUCAAGACAUCAAAGUUGGUGCUUAUCUCAUUAGAUUUUAAACCACCAUGUCACUUUAGUACAAAUGACCUUCCUCUGAUCAUGUGUAGAAUCUUUUGAUCAUGCGCAGAAAGGAACUACGAACUGGCUUAUUGUCAUGAACUCUGCAUACAUGCACUUCUAGUCAUUUGUAAAUUAGCACUAUCCCCAAGUUAUAUUUCUACUUCUGUCACUGUCUACUCUUUCCAGUUAUAUAGAAAAAUGUAUAUGCCUUACCAAGCAUUUUUCUACAAGCCCCUCCCACCCCCCCCCCCAAAAAAAAAGGAACAAUGAUGGAGCCAGUUUUACAACUGCGAUGAGAUGGUAAAUGCAACACUUUGAUAAAUUUGAUUGUAAAGGCCCUUGGAAAUAUGUUUUGAUAGCAGGUUUUGAAGUCACAAAUUGGAAGGAUACGACGCUCAAUAGGGCAUACAUGCAUUACAAUUUUACAAGGAAAAAAAAAAGUUUUAAUUUUCAGAGUGAAAUACGUAUUUUGAAUGCUCCGUACAGGUUGCCAUUUUCACUGCUGUCCUUGAGACUUCACUUCUUAUCUACUACCUCUUUGGAUAUGAACAUGGAGAGAAAUGAUAAGUGGUCCUUGAUAGAUUUGUCCUAGAUUUCAUGCUUUAAAUAGUUGAACUUUUAUCAAUUUUGUAAUCAUGAGUUAUUCAAGUGAUCAGGCAGUAAGGCUUUGGAACAUCAGCAACUGCUUUCCACUGUUGGAAAAGACUUUUAAUUUUCAUUUUACGAUUACUCACACAUUUUUUUCACGCUUUCCUUUAUAUGUUUUUUUCUUUCCUCUUAUUCUCCUUUGUUUAUCCCUGUCUCCUUGCCAAUUUUCUUGGCAGUUACUGAAUCAUAAAGUUGAGAAUCCAUUUAGGUUUUAUAUUAUCUUGCCCAUUCAUAAUAUUGCUCCCUCUCUCUUUCAGUCCCUUUGGCUUUGUUAUCAGACAUUACUCAUGAGGGAGAGAGAAACGAUUUGUAAACCUUCUUUGUUCAUUACAUAUUUUAUUCAAAUUGGCAAUGGUUACAAAUUUCUUUUUAUUGUUUUUAUCAGAAUAAAAAAGACGUUGAUGAUGCUUGUUUUUGGGAGUUAAUAGAUUUCCUAAUUUGUAUAAAGUGCUUUUAAUGUUCCCAUCAUAUUAACAAUUCAAAGAUUUUUAUAUUUUAUUUUUCUUUCAAUAUUUUUGAGGAGUGAAUGGAAGAUACUGAUGCGACAAAAUUUGAUAAUGUAUGGGAGUAAUUUAUUAUGUUUAUUUUGAUGUAUUUUGUAUGAUUUUUAGGGGUCAGCAUCAAAGUUAUUGCAUAAAAUUAAAAAUACAAAAUAUGGUCACAUAAUAGUUUGUACUGAACUGCUUUUCAUUCAAAUUAUUGUAUCUAAAUCAAUCAUGAAGUAAAAAUAUUAGAAUAAUAUAAUCUGAAUAGGACAUUGAAGGGCCUUGAUUUGUUAUGAACUUUUUAGACUUUUGUGCUCAAAUAAUUUCAGUGGCAUGCCCAAUAGUUUCAAUGGCAUGCCAAAUGUGUAAAUGCAGAAUGUAAUUCUGUCUGUCGUCCUUGAUCUUCCCAUUUUUGCUAAAAAUGAAGUAUGCAUUCAAGAUAUUUAUAUGAUUAUAUAAGCUAGGUCAUAUGACAGAUUUUUUUGUUUAUUGGUACACUCUCCCUGCCUUUGCACAAUUUGUUAUACAAAAGCAUGACAAAAUUCUGUGUAUGUCUUGUGUACAAAUUUUCUUUGGUCAAGGUGUGAAAAAGGGUUGGGUGGGGGGGGGGGGUGGCUGAUCCCACACUUUUUCCAACAUACAAAAAUAUAAAAUUACCAUUACCUGGGCGUUAUGAUAUGUGCAGAGCUGCCAAGUAGUAUGGAUUUUCUGUAUUUAGUACCAAAAAAUGAGAAGAAUACUGAUGGUUUCAUGCACAAUACUAAUUUCUAAAGUUUCAGUUUUAUGUUGUAUUAUGUGUUGUCCUAAUGUACUGAUUUUCAGCUUUGAAAAUACUCAAAUGUUCUUGUUCAGGUUGGUAGCUGUGCAUGUGCCUGUAAUCCAAGCUACGUGGGGAAGUUACAAAUUAAUGCAGAGGUUUGUGCCCUGGUCACGUUUUUGUACAGUGACAUUAAUGAACCCUGGUCACAUUUUUUGGAUGGUGACGUUAGCAAAUCAGUCCUAGAUGUAAAUAUUCAUAUCUGAUUGAUAUUCAUCUGAAAAAACUCUGUUACACACACACACACAAUUCUGAUUUUGAUUUUUUACAUGGUCACCCCAUCCCCCAACCUUUCAAAUUUAAAAUCUGUUCCAUGCUGGGGGGGGGGGGGGGCACUUCCAUUGACGAGUGGAUACCUUGCACAACCAUGGGGUCUCGAAAAGCACCCUAAACACGUAUUUUCCAUUUUCUGAAAAUGCACCCCUUAACAAGUAUUGGCGUGUGAAACCCUACCCUUAACAAGUAUUGGAAACAAAAUGAUACUCUUAGCAAGAUCCCUGCAUUGACCCCCUAAACAAGAACAGCGAUAUUUUUAUUGUUAUGUCACGGACGUCAGUCGUCGAUUUUACCUUCACCUACAUCAUUGGGUUUAGUACAGCCCCACCUUUCAAUCUCGCACAAAUCGUACUCUAAACACGUAGUGUUGACUCUUGGGGCAAAAGUACAUCCUUUAUAAAACAUUUUAGUCUUAACUUUUUACACCCUCGCAAAUUUGACCCUAAACACGUAGCUUUCAUAGCAAAAAUAGAUACCCUUUUUUCCUUAUUUUCUUAUUUUAGUGUUUUUUCUUGAAAAAGACAUCCUUUUACGUGUUUUUUUGGUCGCGCGCGAAUGGUAUCCACUCGUCAAUGUAAGUGACCCCCCCCCCCCCCCCGGGUUCCAUGGUCCCUGAUAUGUAGAAGCUUAAAGUAUCUAUAACAUUUUAUAUGUAUACUGAAUACACAUAGAUGAAAGAUUGAUGACUGCAAAAGAAAACUUUCAACUCAAUUAGCAACAACCUUCGGGAUAUAUUGUAUAGAUUACCAUAGCCAGCAGCAGUAGCCUCCAUGUUAAUGUACUAGUAUAAAAAUUUGAUGUUUGUUGACUGUUAUAUGAUUCAUGCAAGAAUUAGAGAAUGGUUUUGUAAUUAGUUUUGCUGAAGUGCCACAUUUAGUGUUGGAAAUCAGGGGAGCAUUUCAUGAAACAAUUGGUCUGAAUUUCAAUAAUUAUUUGUUACAAGCUACUGAAAUGCAUGCAUCUGAUUGGUUCAAAGCAACUUUGUCAGUGAAAAUCACUCUUUGUUCCAUGAAACAUACUGCACCACUAUCCAACACACAAAGGAAGUGAAGAGUCAUGGUUCAACCUGUCCAAAGAGCAGCUCUUGUCCUUUAAAGCAGGUCCUUAAAGACACCAGGCAGGGGUCGAUUGUAACAGAGCCCCGUAAAGGGAAGUUCACCCUGACAACAAAUUUUAUUGUAAAAAUAUCAGAAAAAAAUACUAGAGAAUAUUGGUGAAGGUUUGAGGAAAAUCUGUAUGAGAGUAAAUGUUAUGAUUUCAAUUAUUUGAUUUGUGACGUCAUAUGUUAGCAUCUUUCCUACAUAUCGUAUUGUUAAAAAUCAAUGAAAUGUCAUUUUAUCAGAAAUUUGAAUAUGGUUUUUAUUGAACCUUCAGUAUAUCAACACAUAAAUGAUUUUACACCUGAUUUUAAUAAGGAAAUUUUAGAAAGUCUUCAUGAACCAUUAAAAAAAAAAUGAAAUUUAUACAUUUUAUAUUACAUGACUAAUGGGUCAGCUGCAUGUUUUUGAAGCCACAAAUCAUAAAUUUGAAAUUCUAAUAACUUUCUUAAUCUUAAUUGGAUUUUCCUCAAACCUCCAAUAUUUUUUGUCUGCUAUUUAUAAACAAAAAUUCUCCAGGGUGAAUUUCCCCUUUAAGCUUUGAAUAGGAGGCCAUUUAUUUGGCCCCAAUAUUGCUAUUAUUACCAUGUAUACUGUACGCUACUUCCAAAGACAUGGGUGGUGUUUCACAAACUGUUCGUGAAUGAACAACUACGCAUAACAGGAGCGUGUUCUUGGGUGCCAAGUUAGCUACAUAGGGAUGUCAUUAGCACAAGAAGUUCACCAUUUGUCUGUAAAGUCAUGUGUAAUUUAUGAACAACUUCAUAAAAUGGCUCCCUGGUGCUUCUCAAGUGGUUUACACGUCACUAAUUGAAGAAUACUUUCAAUUAGAAUUUGUUAGUGAAUGAUUACUGUCUACCAAUUUAGAAGGGUGCAAGUGUUUGGGUAUAUUAUAGUGAUGGAGGAAUAUUCUUUCAUUUUUUACAGAUAUAUUUAUAAGGUCACAUUGACUAGGGAGCAUUUCAUGGAGCAAAGGGGUCAAUGAUUUUCACUGACAACUGUAAUAAGCUACUGAAAUCCUUGUAUCUGAUUGGCUCAUAACAAAUAAGAUGGUGAAAAGAACGAUUUGCUUCAUGAAAAACACCCCUUAUUACUACAAAUUUGCACUUAAGUCUGAAAGUAAUUUUUGCAACAUUUUGAUGAAGAUUUGACUUUAUUAUAUGCUGACUCAUUGCUCCUCCUUUCCACCGAAAACAGAAAUACCAUGUACAUUUUGUCGGUCAUUUUUUCUUCUUAAUUACAGAUGAUGUCCUGAACUUCAUAAUAAAAACUGUAGACAAUUUGACGAA